AUGGCCACGGCCACGGCCACCACGUGCCGCCUCGUCCUCCUCCUGCCUCUGCUCUCGCUCCUCCUCCUCACCGUCUCGGCUAUCGACUCGACGCUCCUCCCCACCGGCACCGCAGCCGGCGGCGGGCCUGGCUCGGGUAACGACGACGACGACGUCGCGGCCCCAGCCCAGCCGAGCGCGUACGAGAUGCUGGAGGGGUUCGGGUUCCCGCGGGGCAUCCUGCCGGAGGGCGUGACCGGGUACACGUACCGGCCGUCGGACGGCGCGUUCGAGGUGUUCAUGGGCGGGGACUGCGAGUUCGAGGUGGACGGCGGCUACCGCCUCACGUACCGGCGCAGGAUCCACGGCAACGUCGAGGGCGGCAGCAUCCGGAACCUCGGCGGCGUCUCGGUGCGCAUGUUCCUCUUCAACUGGGGCAUCGACCACGUCGUCAUGGAGGACGCGGCCCACCUCAUGUUCUACGUCGGCCCGCUCUCGCAGGCGUUCCCCGCCGACAACUUCGGGCAGUCCCCGCAGUGCCGGCGUCGUCGUUGCCACGGUGGCGGGAACGGCGUGGGCGCCGGCGGUGGCGCGGCGGCGAUGUAG